UCUUACACUUACAAAGACACUCUUCCUCCGUGUGUGUGUGUGCACACGCGCGCGCGCGUGUGUUUUAUGUUAGUACUACGGUUAUAUAAUAUAAGGACUAUUUGCUUAUACAUAACUUUUAACUGGUGAAAGGGAAACUAGAAAAGAUCACCUCUAACUGCAACGAAAACAAAGAUAUUAUCAUGGCUUCUAAUUUGUGGACUAUAUGCCUAAGUUUCUUGCUUUUGGCCUCGGGGGCAAUGAGUGCAACGCCUAGGAAAGCCAUAGACGUACCAUUCGGCCGAAACUAUAUACCAACGUGGGCUUUGGACCACAUCAAGUACUUCAAUGGCGGUUCAGAGAUUCAGCUCUCACUGGACAAAUUCACAGGAACUGGCUUUCAAUCAAAAGGAUCUUACUUGUUCGGUCACUUCAGCAUGCAAAUAAAAAUGGUUCCAGGAGAUUCAGCUGGAACAGUUACUGCUUUCUAUUUAUCUUCACAAAAUUCGGAGCACGAUGAGAUGGACUUUGAGUUCUUGGGGAACAGGACAGGGCAACCUUAUAUUUUGCAAACAAACGUGUUCAGCGGAGGGAAGGGAAAUCGAGAGCAGAGAAUUUAUCUUUGGUUUGAUCCAACCAAAGCCUACCACACUUAUUCUGUCCUAUGGAACUUGUAUCAGAUUGUGUUCUUUGUGGAUGAUGUGCCAAUAAGGGUGUUCAAGAACAACAAAGACUUAGGGGUAAGAUUCCCUUUUAACCAACCCAUGAAGAUAUAUUCAAGCCUCUGGAACGCAGACGACUGGGCCACAAGGGGUGGCUUGGAGAAGACAAACUGGUCCAAGGCUCCCUUUGUAGCCUCUUACAAGAGCUUCCACAUUGAUGCAUGUGAGGUAUCAGUGAAUGCAAGGUUCUGCCAGACUCAAGGGAAGAGAUGGUGGGACCAGAAGGAGUUUCAGGAUCUUGAUGCCUUCCAAUACAGAAGGCUCAGUUGGGUCCGCCAUAGAUACACCAUCUACAAUUACUGUACAGAUCGUGUUCGCUUCCCUAGCCUCCCACCCGAGUGCAAACGAGACCGCGAUGUUUAGAACUUAGAAGUUUUUUAAGUUUUACUACUACUGCUAUUUAUUAAUGAUGUUCUUUUGUACUACUACUACAUUUUAUAUCAUUAUCUGUUUUCACAUA